AUGGAAUCAAGUAGGACAUGUAAAACUGUACCAAAUAUUGUUGAUGGUGCUGAGAAUGCAGAUAAAACACCUGCCAAAGGAUAUGUUGGUUUUCAGACUGCGAGUGGAAAAGGUGUGACAAUAUCAGAGAAGGCUUUUAAAAAAGCUAAAAGUAUAUUUUCUGAAAUGGAAAUGAAAGAAACUACAAGUAAGACAUAUGAAACUGUGCCAGAUAUGAUAAUGUAUGGGGCUGCAAAUGGAAAUAGGCAAAGCUGUGUUGCUACAAAUUUAUUGACUGACUCUGAAAAUACAGAAAUGAUGCCUGCCAGUGAAGGAUUUGUUGGUUUUCAGACUGCAAGUGGAAAGGGUGUGAAAAUAUCUGAAUCUGCAAUUAAAAGAGCUAGAAGUAUAUUUUCAGAAGUAGAAAUGGAAGAAAAGUCAAAUAGCAUUAAAAAGACAUUUCAAGAUGGUAUGAAUACUACAGAUGGAAGUGGACAAAGAAAUCGCCAAAGCUGCAUGAAUGAUGAACUAACUAAAAAUCUUGUUGGCCAUUCAGUUGAUGAAAUGCUACCAUUCACUGGUUUCAAAACAGCUGGUGGAAAACAAGUUAACAUCUGUGAAAAAUCACUGCAAAGAGCUGCAAAGUUUUUAGCUGAUUCUGAGAAUACAGAAAAAAUACCUGUUGGAGAAUUUGUUGGUUUUCAGACUGCAAGUGGAAAAGAUGUAAAAAUAUCUGAGAAGGCUCUUAAAAAAGCUAAAAUUAUAUUUUCAGAAGUAGAAAUGGAAGAAACUGUAAGUGAGACAUGUGAAACUGUACCCGAUUUAUAUAUGGAUGGAGCUGCAAAUGGAAACAGUCAAACCUGUGUUGAUGUUGAAAAUAUGGAGCAUCACAGUGGAAUGAGCAAGCAAAAUGGUAACAGUUUAAGACCUAAAAAUCCUUCCCAAACAUAUAAAGUUUUGCGUGAUGGCAAUUUCACAGAUGAUAAUGUUGAAACCGGGGUCGUGGAGCUUGGAUCUUUUUCAGGAUUUCAAACAGCUGGUGGAAAAACAGUUGAAAUAUCUGAUAAAGCUAUUUUCAAAGCAAGGAACUUUCUUGCCGAUGACAGUAGCUCAUACAGAGAUGACCUGCCUCGCGUUUCGUCAGGAUUUCAAACUGCUAAGGGAGAUAAAGUAACAAUAUCUGAAAGUUCUGUUUUAAAAGCACAAAUGUUACUAGCUGGAGAACAAAGUUUGGAUUUGAUAAGCCAAUCUAAUACGUCAAAAGUCACAAGCACUGAAAUGAUGGUCAAUAGAUUAACUGAGAUAUCUGCUGAUAAGACUGUUCCUUUGAAAGGAACAAUAAAUCCCACCAAGAGAAGGAAAACUGAUGAUUCUAACAUGCUUUGUAAGCCUAGGGUAGCUCAGAAGCAUGGACCAAACAUGGCUGGUACUGUGGAGAGUGCUUGUAUGUCUACUGGAAACAUUGAAGUUAGUAAUGUGGUGGCAAGGAGCAGCAGAAUAAAUGGAAACACAGUGAAAAAUCCCUCUAUUGGACUAUGUGAAGACACUUCUGGUGUUAAAGUUGACUGCAGAGGAAGAAUCACCCCAGUAUCUACUACUCCAACAGGUUUUACCAAAGAUAGACAUCAGAAGUUCAGUGUGCCAUUGAGACCAAUCGUUUCUACCCCCAAAAAUGGUAUAAAGUCUAAUGUGAACUCCAUAAAUUCUCAGUAUAGUCCACAUGGGCUGUUUAAUUAUAGAAGCAGCACUGACAAAUCUACUGCCUCUACAGUGUCUAAUCAGAAUAAAAACUGUAGUGGAAGGUCAAGUUUCAAGACUCCCUUUCGCAAAAGAGUUAUAAGUGUUGACUCAGAGUCAGGAACGAAGACAGUAAAUGAAAAAUCAACUCCCAAUAUUGCUGUGUUACCAAGUCAAACGAUACAACCUUCUAUUAAUUUCAAGGAAUCUAACAGAAAACAACAGUGUUCAUCAUGGACAUCAAGGGCUAUCACGGCAAAGCAGACAUAUCAGGCCGCUAAAAUCAAACCUGCUAUGGGCAGUCUGUAUACUAAGAGAUGCAACCAACCAAGACUGAAGUUACAUGAUGUUGUUGGCUCACAACCACCACAACAACAUACACCAGAUGAGUUACACUCCUUUGGAAUACACCCCAGUGUGCUGGAUAUUAGAAGCAGUAAUGCAGAAAAUUACAGAUUCAAUUGUGCUAAUCAUUACAGUACAAGUAUUUGCUCAAAUCAAGAUGGUAUUCAAUUAAGUGAUGGAGGUAUUUUGGUCCCUGAUGAGAAAGGAACUGCUGGAAAGGACAAUUUUUACAUAGAGAAGACAAGUGAGGGUAGCUCAACUGUACACAGUGCACGGGCAGAAACAAAGAUUGCAGCUAGGUUUGAACAAGAAAAACAGAAAAGAGCAGAAAAGUUAUUUAAAAAGAUUCAAGAUGAGUUCGAAAAAAGUGAAUUAUCUCAUGAUGUUGGUAGAAAUAAACAAAAGGGAAAUCAAAAUCUAAAAAUUAAAGAAAUUGCAAAGUUGGACACAGGUGAAGACAUUUAUGAAGCUCUUCAGACUUGUACUGAUCCAAUGUCUAUUGAGAAUUACUUGAAUGGAAGACAGUUUGAAUUAUUACAUUCUUAUAAGCAAUCACUAAUUGAAAAGAAACACUAUGACCUUCAAUCAGAAUUCCAGAGAGCCUUAGAUGAGCAGUCUGAAGAGUUCCCAGCUAGUAGAAGAGUAAGCGCAAUUUACAAAGUAAGAAUUACAGACUACACAGAAAAUAGAAAUAAUACCAGCUGUUUACUGACGGUCUGGAGACCCAAUGAUGAUAUAAUCGGACUUUUGAGUGAAGGAACAAGACACAAAAUAUUUAACUUGUCUACUUCUGCUGGAAGAAGUAAGUACAGAGGAAGUGAAAUCCAGUUAUCAUCCACAAGAAGUUCCAGAUACCACCCACUGCCAUUAGAAAAUGAAGUGCCUAUGUAUCUACCAAGAAAAAUUUUGAACCUGGGAGAUGUUUAUUUUCAACCAAUGUAUGGGGAAGUGGACAUAGUUGGUUUGGUAGUCUUUGUAUCUGAACUUGCAGGUGGUUUGCAGAGUGUUGUAGUAUCUGAUGAAAAACGCAAUCAAUUUAUAAUCAAGUUUUGGAAUGGAGUACAGGCUUACCACAUUGAAGACAUGAUGAAACCCAGUACUUUUAUUGCUGCCUCUAAUUUGCAGUUUAGACAAAAUAGGCAUUCACAAGGACCAUGUGCUUUUGCUUCUGAAUAUUCUGUAUUCACUGAAAACCCUAAAGCGACUGGCAUUAGGAUGGCAUUCCUAGAAUUAAAAGCAGCAAUUCAGGAUCCAAAAGGUUUCAUUCAGAGCAUGACAAACGUUGGCAUGACAAUCGAUUGUUUCCCAGUGGGAAAAAACACACAAUUGCAUAUUGUGAGAAAUGAAAGUAGUGAUUAUGGAAUACAAACUCGCACCUUAUCCCCAAGUGUAGCAGUCAGCAGUACAGCAUCAAGUGUUUUCUAUGGUAUGAAAUAUGAUUGUGACAUUCAAAGUCCUAUAACAGCAACCAGCAGCCGUAGUUAUGCAAGAUUGAAUGUUGAUAGCAAGAAAACUGUGAAGACAUCUGAUGUGUUUACAGAAGAUAACCAAUCUAGGAGUGCGGAUAAUAAUAGUAGCUCUGUUACACCUAAUCAAACAAUCACUGGAAUAAAGUUGAACUUCAGAUGUCAGGAUUUUAGUUCUCACUUUCCACAGACCAACUCUCCUGCCAACUAUCUUGACCAUAUCCCAUCACCACCACCGAUACCACCACUUCCCAGUCCCCUACCUUGUGCUGUCAGGAAGUGUUUCAAACCUCCUCUUAGGACAUCAUCUAAUAUCAACCCUGGAACUGAAGGUAGACCACAAUCUAAAUGUGCUAGUCUUGCCUCUUCUUGGGAGCAAAGUGACAAAGAUGAAAAGUCAAAUAUAGAUACUUUUAAAACAUCAGUAAAAAAGAUGCUGCCGUUGAACAAUUUUACAGAAGCCAGUUUAUCUCAUAACUUAAACAGUGAACAAUGUGAGCAACUGCCCAUGAAGAAUAUAACUUGCGAAUUGACAGAGUUAGAUAAACAGCUUAGUGACAGUGAGGCAAACUUAACUACUGUUAAUGACAUAGGAAAUGAUGAAAAAAGUGCCCAUUCCGGCAAAGAAGAAUGCACUGAAUCAGAUGCAGAGUUAAAAUGUAAAGAUACACAGGAUGCACUUCUUCUCUUGCAUUUAUCCAACCUUGAUGCUUCAUUGUUUUUGGACUCUCCUCCCAAAAGAGUUACAAGAUCACAGACUAAAAAACAGCCAGGAACUUGA